UAUAUACACUAUAUUGCCAAAGUGCCAAACGUAUUGGGCCCGCCGUCCAUAUCAUUGGAUUCAGGUGUUCCAAUCCCCUCCAUGGACACAGGUGUAUACAUUCAAGCCCCUAGGCAUGCAGACGGCUUCUACAAACAUUGGUGAAAAAGAAUGGGUCGCUCUCAGGAGCUCAGUGACUCCAAGCGUGGUCCCGUGACUCCAAGCGUGCAAUCCAUCCGUGACAUUUCCUGGCUACUAAAUAUUCCACACUCAACUGUUAGUGGAAUUAUAACAAAGUGGAAGCAACUGGGAACAACAGCCACUCAGCCACCAAGUGGUAGGCCACGUCACAUGACAGGGCGGGGGUCAGCACAUGCUGAAGUGCACAGUGUGCAGAAGUCACCAACUGUCUGCAGAGUCAAUAGCCAAAGACCUCCAAACUUCAUGUGGCCUUCAGAUUAGCACAACAACAGUGCGUAGAGAGCUUCAUGGAAUGGGUUUCUAUGGCCGAGCAGCUGCAUCCAAGCCUUACGUCACCAAGUGCAAUGCAAAGCGUCGGAUGCCGUGGUGUAAAGCACGCCACCACUGGACUCUAG